UGAGGCUGGACUUGGGGCAGUCUGUCACGGUGGGGGGAGCUGGGGCAGGUAGACAGGCAGGGGUUGUGGCAGUGGCUCCCUGGGCUUAGUUUAGCAGGGUGGUGGGGCUGGAGGAGCCUGGGCCCCUGCGCAGUGGGGGAGCAUGGCCUGGGGUUGUCAGGGUGUAGAGGGACCUGGGGUGGGUAUUGCUGCUUUCCUGCCUGGGCUGGGGCUGGCCAAGGUAGAGUGUGAUCCUUCAGGGCUCACUCCUUUGGUGAGCAGGAACUUUUUCCCUGUGCCCUGGGCUAGUCUGGGAGCACCCGCCAGCUGUCUGAGGACUGAUUAGCUCAACCAGGCAGGGCUGGCACUAUUCAAAAUGGCCCCAGAGCAGGUCAGCCCAGGAGCCACAGGGCUUGCUGGCACUUGGUUCCUAUGGAGAAGGUGUUGGGUGUAGGGGGCAGAAGGCCAGACCUGGCUGGAGUGUGGCUGCUGCUAUGGGGUGCCUCCCUGGGAAGCUGCAUGGGUUUCCCACUGCUGGAGCUGGGGCUAGAGGAUUGCUCCAGGCAGGGUCCUGUGGCUUGUGGCUGCCUCUGCCUCCUCUCCUUCACCUGGGGCCAAGCAGAGCUGGAAUACAUUUGCCUGGAAACUUGAGGACUGAGCUUUCUAGUGUUGCCUUCCUGUGGGCAGUGGAAUAGGGAACUUGUCACUGUCUCCUGCUUCCUGUCCUGCUGACAGCUGCACUAUCAGUUCCCCCUGCCUGGUGCUCUGUUGGUGCCCAGUUCCUGUUUCUCAUCUGUAACCAUGCAUCUGGUUAAGGCUUGCACCUCCAUUACAGCCAGGGGCUGUGGGUGUGUUGGCUCUGUCAGGGGGUCUCCAGCAGCAUUAGUCUGGCCUACACUGGCUCCUGCCCUGGUGCUUGGCUCUUAGUAUUGCUGAGAUCUUCUCAGAUCCUCAGAAACUCCCAGUACUUUCAAGGAGUUGCUUUCACUGCUCACUUCCCUGGUGUUGGGGGUUUCAGCUCCUCUGCCCCUUCCCUAGCCUUGGCGUUGGCACGGUCCUGCCCCAGGGUCUGCUCUGCAUGUCUGGGCUUCAGGGCUUUCCCCAGGCAGCAGGGGAGUGAUGUUACUCAUACAGUAGCCCCCAGUUUUGACUAGCAGAACUGCCUUGAUCAGCACCUCGUCAACCACACUUUAUCCUGCAGAGAGAAACUGAGGGCAGCAGUCAUCCUGGACCUGCCUGCUCACAGGCCAGCUGCUCUGGGUAAUGCCUGGAAAGCUUCCUUCACUACAGAAAGACACAGAAACUGCUGACCCCUGUGAUUAGCUAUGGGACCCAGGAUGGGGGGGCCGGGCCAGGCACAGGCUCUACCUCCCCCCUGCCUGAGGAGGAGGAAUUGCGCAGACGCCUCAAGUACUUCUUCAUGAGCCCCUGCGACAAGUACCGCGCCAAAGGCCGCAAGCCCUUCAAGCUGGUGUUGCAGAUCAUCAAGAUCAUCAUUGUCACCAUCCAGCUCAUCCUUUUCGGCCUCAGCAACCAGAUGGUGGUGACCUUCAAGGAGGAGAACACUAUGGCCUUCAAGCACCUCUUCCUGAAGGACUAUGUGGAUGGGGCGGAGGACACUUAUGCUGUCUACACACAGCAGGACCUGUACGAGCACAUGUUCUACGCUGUGGAGAAGUACCUGUCCCUUCCCAAUGAGACGAUUGGGCGCUAUGCCUAUGUGCGCGGGGACCACAUCAGGAACCAGUCAGCCCUCAUGCUGUGUCAACAGUACUACCACAAAGGGCACAUCGAUCCAGCCAAUGACACCUUCAGCAUUGACCCCAAGAUCAUCACGGACUGCCAGGGCGUAGACCCCAUGGAGAGAAUCCCUUGGCCCCCGGAGUCGGAGGAGACUGAGCUGGAGCCAGAGCCACUGCUCUCAGAGCCCGACCACAGCUACAGGAACUUCACCCUCAAGUUUCACAAGCUCAUCAACGUUACCAUCCAGUUCAAGCUGAAGGCCAUCAACAUCCAGACCAUCAUCAACAAUGAGAUCCCAGACUGCUACACCUUUACUAUCACUAUCACAUUCGACAACAAGGCACACAGUGGCAGGGUGAAGAUCAGCCUGGACAACAAAGCUGAUAUCAAGGAGUGCAAGGACCCCAGUGUCUAUGGCCGAGGAGACAACACCUUCCGACUAUUCUUCGAUGUGGUCGUCGUCAUCAUCUGCACCCUGUCCUUUGCGCUGUGUGCCCGCUCCAUUGUGCGUGGUCUGAUACUGCAGAGUGAGUUUGGCCAGUUCUUUGAGCGGCGCUAUGGCCAAGUUGUGAGCCUGUCAGACCGUAUGGAGUUCCUCAAUGGCUGGUACAUCCUGCUGGUAGUCAGCGACAUCCUCACUGUGUCAGGAACCAUCAUGAAGAUCAGGAUUGAGUCCAAGAACCUGGCUAGCUACGACAUCUGCAGCAUCCUCCUGGGCACCUCCACACUGCUGGUCUGGGUUGGCGUCAUCCGUUACCUCACCUUCUUUCAGAAGUACAAUAUCCUCAUUGUGACACUGCGGGUGGCAUUGCCCAACGUCAUCCGCUUCUGCUGCUGCGUGGCCGUCAUCUACUUGGGCUACUGCUUCUGUGGCUGGAUCGUGCUGGGACCCUAUCAUGUCAAGUUCCGCUCCCUCUCCAUGGUGUCUGAGUGCCUCUUCUCCCUCAUCAAUGGGGACGACAUGUUCGUGACCUUUGCGGAGAUGCAGCAGAACAGCUAUCUGGUGUGGCUCUUCAGUCAGCUCUACCUGUACACUUUCAUCAGCCUCUUCAUCUACAUGGUGCUCAGCCUCUUCAUCGCUCUCAUCACCGGUUCUUAUGAGACCAUCAAGCACCAGUGUGAGGGCAGCAUGCCCGUCACACAGCUCCACGCCUACAUUGCCGAGUGCAAGGACAGCCCCAAGUCUGGCAAGUUCCGCCGAGAGAGCACCUCUUCCUGCUCAGUCUUCUGCUGCUGUGAGGGGCAGGAGCCUCAUCCCAGGGGAGACAGCAUGUCACUGGUGGCCCCUAGGGAGUGCAGGCUGACGUGCGGAGGGAGAAGAGGUCCCCAACACAGGAGUUUGGGGCCCCACUGGAAGAGAAUACACUGCUGGUGAACUGAGCCUCGCUGCCGUGGGAGACUCGCGCACCCCAUGGAGCUGCACUGCUGGGGACCUGUGCCAGUGUAGGGGCCUGUCUGGACGGCCUGGUCUGGGGAUGGAGCUGCCCCGCUGCCACCCAGGCCCCUCUUCCCGUGCCCGAUAGCCAUUCCUCCUGCUGGAUGCCAGUGACCCAUGGCAAGAGUGGGCUAGGCUGACCCUGAGUGGUGUGUGCCCCUUACAGAGGCGAGGCCAGCCUCUUUCUGCAGAGUGAACCCUGGACCUAUGGGCCCUGCAGUGGGAGCUGCCAUGGCUUUGGAGCACCCGCUAGUUCUGCGUGACUGGUUCUCACCAGGCUGCAUGGUCCUCGGGGCAGAAUGGAGGGGAGAGGCUGAGGGCCCCACUCAGGCCAGUUGGGGACAGAGCUUGGCAGGGAGGCUAAUGUGUCCCCAGCACUGGAAACAGCAUCCACCCCCACCCCUCGCUGCUGUGAGAGAGCCCCCCCACUUGAGCCAGGGGCCUGCUGAGAGUGGGUCACUGGGUGCUUGGCCAUGCCCAUAUCCCACUUUGGGUGCCCCAUAGCUCCUGUGCUCAGAGACUUCUUGCCUUAGCAGUACCUACAGGACAUGCAGCUCCCCUGUCCCUGCUCUGUGGGGGCCGUGGGGCAGCACAUGGCCUGCUCCUCAGUUGCUUUUCCUCCUCUCCCCUCUCCUGCCCCUGUUCCUUCUGGUCCAGAGAGGGAGGAGCCUUGCCCUGCCCUGUGGUAUCAGGAGAUUCCUUCAGGUCCAGAGCUCACUGCAUCUCUGUAGGGGCUGGGGGAACACUGCUGCUCCCCUCAUCUGACCGAUUCUCCUGGGAGGACCUGGGACCAUCUCAGCAGUUGUGUUCUGGGCAUGUCCCCUUCGUGCUGUCGCUGGCUUCUCCUCACAUAGAUUUCAUAGAUGUUAGGGCUGGAAGGGAUCUCGAAGAUCAUCAAGUCCAGCCCCCUGCCGCAGGGGCAGGAAGUCAGCUGGGGUCAAAGGGUGCCAGCAACAUAAGCAUCCAAACGCUUC